AAAUAUAAAACGUUUUUAUACUUUGAAUGUAAAGUCAUUCAAAUAUGAUAAACAAAAUCUCAAACAUUUGAUACCAUUUCUUAAGAUUAUUGAAUGUCUUUUGGUUUUUUAAAUAUUCAGUAUUGUCAAAACACGAGUUCACUCAUCAAUCCUUAUCGUCGUCCGAGUUAUGUGAGGAAGAAGAAGGAAUUGAUGGCUAAUAUGACAACAAAUAUGAACGGCAGUAAUGAGGCCAACAAAUCGAUAACCAAUGGGCCGCCGAUGCCGUGGUUUGGUAUGGAUAUCGGCGGAACACUCGUCAAAUUAGUAUACUUUGAACCGACUGACAAACACAUGACACAAAUGAACUCGGAUUUGGAGACAUUGAAGAAAAUCAGACACUACUUGAAGAAGAACGCCUCGUACGGCAAUACCGGUAAACGUGAUGUUCAUCUGCAGAUGAAUAACUGUUGUAUUAAUGGUCGAUACGGGACAUUGCAUUUCAUACGAUUUCCGUCAACCGAAAUGCCGGUUUUUGUCAAACUGGCCAAAUCCAAGGGCAUAGCUAACAUGGCCAGCACAAUAUGCGCCACCGGCGGCGGUGCCUUCAAAUUUGAGGCCGAAUUCAAGAGAGAUCUCAAUUUAGAGUUACAUAAAUUUGAUGAAUUGGAUUCACUGAUUCACGGAAUCCAUUACAUAGAGGCCUACAAUCAACACGAAUGUUAUUAUCUGAGCGAUCCGUUAAAUGAUGAUAAGUGUAUACGUGUUCCGUACGACUUCAGUCAUCCCUAUCCUUUCCUUGUGGUUAACAUCGGUUCCGGUGUCAGUAUUUUGGCCGUCUAUUCGCCAGACAAAUACAAACGAGUCAGUGGUUCGAGUCUUGGUGGCGGAACUUUUCUCGGCUUAUGUGCUUUACUUACCGGUUGUGAAACAUUUGAAGACGCGAUAGCGUUGGCCGCGAAUGGCGACUCCACGAAAGUGGACAAAUCAAUUCGGGACAUUUACGGCGGUGACUAUGAAAAGUUCAAACUCAGCGGCAAUGUUAUUGCCUCGAGUUUUGGCAAUAUGUGUAGCGCCGAAAAGCGUGACCAGGCCACUCGUGCCGAUUUGGCCAGAGCCACAUUAGUGACCAUUACCAACAAUAUUGGUUCAAUUGCCCGCAUGUGUGCAAAGAACGAGGGCAUCGAACGUGUGGUAUUUGCCGGCAAUUUCUUGCGGGUCAACGAAAUAUCAAUGAAGUUAUUGGCCUUUGCAAUGGAUUUCUGGUCAGACGGUACACUCAAAGCCCUGUUUCUCGAACACGAGGGAUACUUUGGUGCCGUCGGAUGUCUUCUGGAGCUCAUGAAGACCAACAGUUAAUGUGAUCCUUAAAAUAAAAACUUAAAACAUAACAAAACCAAAUCAUGAUUUUUUUAAACUACAAUAAUUGUUUUACUCUUCUGUACUUAACGUAGAAUACAGUAAAUAAUAUUUUAUUUGUAGUUUUUGACCGAUCGUAGACUUUC